CGUCAGAACACUUCCGGUUUGCUCUCCAACUUGUCUUUCUACCGGAGCAGACAUCAGGGUGAACACCACGUCGGCUUUAGGCUCAAACAGGACAUAAAAAGAUGCCCCCCAAAAAGGGAGAAGCCCCGAAACAGCCUCCAUUGAUCGGACGAUUUGGAACCUCUCUGAAAAUUGGAAUUGUGGGAUUACCUAAUGUCGGGAAAUCCACCUUUUUCAAUGUGCUGACCAAAAGCCAAGCUGCUGCAGAGAACUUCCCAUUCUGCACAAUUGACCCAAAUGAGAGCAGGGUACCUGUCCCUGAUGAGCGCUUUGAUUUCCUCUGCCAAUACCACAAACCAGCCAGUAAGGUUCCAGCUUUUCUAAACGUUGUGGACAUCGCUGGUCUGGUGAAGGGAGCUCACGCAGGACAGGGACUUGGAAAUGCCUUUCUCUCCCACAUUAGUGCCUGUGAUGGGAUCUUCCACAUGACACGUGCUUUUGAUGAUGAGGAUAUUAUCCACGUGGAGGGUAACGUUGACCCAGUGAGGGACAUUGAGAUCAUCCACGAGGAGCUGAGACUAAAGGACGAGGAAAUGAUCGCUCCAAUCCUUGACAAGCUGGAGAAAACUGCUGUCAGAGGAAGUGACAAAAAACUCAAACCUGAAUACGACAUCAUGUUGAAGAUUAAGAACUGGAUAGUGGAUGAAAAGAAACACGUCAGAUUUUACCCUGACUGGAACGACAAAGAGAUCGAUGUGCUGAACAAAUACCUGUUUCUCACGUCCAAGCCCAUGAUCUAUCUGGUUAACCUCUCAGAGAAGGAUUACAUCAGAAAAAAGAACAAGUGGUUGGCCAAAAUCAAGGAGUGGGUAGAUGCUCAUGACCCUGGUGCUAUGGUGAUUCCUGUGAGUGGAGCUAUCGAGUCCAAACUGCAGGACAUGGAGGAGGAGGAGAGGAAUAAGUACUGCGAGGAACACAAGACACAGAGUGUUCUGACCAAAAUAAUAAAGACUGGCUAUGCAGCACUACAGCUGGAAUACUUCUUCACAGCGGGACCAGAUGAGGUGCGAGCGUGGACCAUCAGGAAAGCUACCAAGGCUCCUCAAGCUGCAGGAAAGAUCCACACUGACUUUGAGAAAGGUUUUAUCAUGGCUGAGGUGAUGAAGUACGUCGACUUCAAAGAGGAGGGCAGUGAAAGUGCAGCCAAGGCUGCUGGGAAAUACAGGCAACAGGGCAGGAACUACGUCGUGGAGGACGGGGACAUUAUCUUUUUCAAAUUCAACACACCCAAUGCACCUAAAAAGAAACCAUGAGUACCCCACAAUCACUCGAUGAAGAACUCAGAAUACAGUUUAGUUGGGCUCCAAAGACCUACACUGCCUGCUGGUUUUCAUACUUCUCUCCUGAAUUCAGAGGAUCAACUCGUUGACCUGGUUGGCUAGAGACAUUUACUCAACCAGCCUCCCAGGUCUGGACCAGAGUCUAUUUAAAUGAUUCUAUAUAAGAAUAGCUUACAUUCCUACCUGAAAUACUUUGAGCAAAUUUUUAUUUGCACUACUGUACCAGUCAAACGUUUUUUGAAAACAAUGUAUUCUAGCUUUCAAGGUCUCAAGUAAGAAUGGGUAUAAUUGAACUGAGAAAUGUAUAAUUUCUGACUCUACUGGAAAUAACCUAACAAGAAACGCAUCAUAUCACAAAUUGCAUAUUGUUUUCUAUUUGAUGCUGACACUGUUAAACAUGCAUCAGGCAGUUUUUUUGAUCAGUGUCCUCUUUUCUAGAUGCUUUUUGAUCAUUUAAGCCACAGUGUUCAAAGACACUUUGUUCAUUUGAUGCACUUUGUCUAUAAGAAAGUCUUUGAUUACUCUGAGUAAAUACGCUUGCCUUUCUGUCAUUAGUUGACAAUUACCAUUAUCAUUACUGCUGAUUAAUUGGCAAGCUCUUGCAUCUUAAUGACACUCUUAUUAAUUGGUGCUUCAUUACAGGCAGGUGUGCUCCAUCUGUGAAGCAGCCCCUAUAUAAUAAAACACUUGUAAACAGUGCUAGCAGGAGUGGGCGUAAUAUACAGCAUGUGUUAUCUGCUGGGUGGCUAAUCAGCAUUAAUUAAGCAAGAGGCCAUCUUCAAUUAGUUCUCAGUUCCUUUAUGACUUUUCUCUAAUUUAACUUUCCGAUUUUUGUGCUUUUCACAAUAAAGUCCUAAUACCUGAGACUUUCCAAUAAUGCUAGGUGUCUAUAAACUUUUGACUGUGUUCACUAGUGAGAGAAAAUGAAAGCCAUCACUCAGUGUUACACUUCAGGCCAGUACCACACUGUAUUCUGAGGGGGAUGAUAUUAUUUUAGACAGAGCAAAGCAGGCGCCCCUGAUAGUGCCUGAUCAGACACCUGAAUUGAGAAUGUUGUUAUACACGCUGCUUUUAUUGACUUAGUUUGGGCUGGUAAACAAAUAAAACCACACAAAAAAAAACAUGAAUCUUCACAUUAAGAACUCCACCCUGCAUAACAAGACAAUGGUCCGUGGAUCAUCUGGACUGUACCGCUUGUUUCACCUUUUCCUCACUCCCCUCCUUGGUGUGAAUGUCUUUAUUUUUCAAGAGUACAUAACAAAUCCUCUCACUAAACAUCUUGCCAAAUUGUGGACUAAGACAUAAGUCCUGUGAACCUAAGGGAGCCAGGAUGUAAUAAAUGUCAUCCUCAUCAAUAUGCAUGUGUCAAUAAAAGGAGAUAAACCCGUC